AUGUCUUCCAGCUUCCAAAUGAUGGAAGUCAGCUCAACCACAGAUUGUCAGAUCACGUACUCAAAGCCAAAUCUAUCUUAUUCAAUCGAAGAAAUUUUAAAGAAACCAUUAAAUCAAAAUCUUUCAAAUGAAGAAAAGGUUUUGAGAUAUUCAUGCACUAAGGAUCACCUACAACGCCAAAAGAAGCAUCCCAUUGAACUGGUUGUCACAGGUCUACAGCUGAUGGUGGCUUCAUCUGGUUCCAUAAUGAGCUCUUCUCCAGUACAGACUUUUCAAGGGAACCUAUCUCCUGAUUCAACAGAACAAAAAAGUCCAACACCAAGUUCUGCUGUUGGGGACAUUAUGUUAACUUCUGUGACAUAUCUUGAUAAGAUUCAGAAAAUAUCAGAAGAUGGAAAUCAAGAGGUUGAUGAUGAGAUUGUUGAUGCCAUGCAAGACAGUGCCUCUUGUGAUCGUAAAAAUAAAAGAAGAAUUAGAACGACAUUCACCAUUGAUCAGCUGAACGAGUUGGAAAGAAUAUUUCAAGUAACACAUUACCCAGACGUGCAGACACGAGACCAGUUGGCGGCAAAAAUCAAACUCCCCGAAACACGUGUGCAGAUUUGGUUUCAAAACCGUCGGGCGAAAUGGAGAAAAUAUGAAAAACUUGGCAAUUUUGGGGGCCUUCAGCACCUGACAACAGUAGACAUGAUUCCUGCUCCAAAACCAGACCCCAUGGAUUUCACUUUGCAGCCAAGGAAGUCAACCAAUAUAGACUCACCUCUACGAUAUUACUCACCCUUUCAAGGUCGCUUGAUACCAACCAUAAUAAAUUUAAGGCCACCUCAGACACUGCAUGUUCCUCUGCAGAUGCCUCCUUACUAUUUUCAUUUUCCUCACAGUAUAGAAUACAGCAGUGCUUUAGCUACCCCAACAUAA